CCUGGGAACAAGGGCGCAGCGCCGCAACAGCUGAUGAGCGUACUUUAAAGGGGCUAGGACGCUGAUAAAAGUCAACAUCCUUGACCAGUUAAAGAUCAGUUAGGUUCGUACAGGAGCGCGCCUUGACAGCGACAAGAUGAAUUCGGCAGUCGCGCGCGCGGUCCCCAAGCUCCUGCGAGCGCCGAAUGCGGCAGGAGUGGUUGCCCGCAAACUUCACGGCAAGACGCCGACAGCGGCCUCGGAUGUAGCCAAGCAGCUGAGCAAGCGUUCCAUCGUGAUCGAAGCUCAGGCGAAGUCUGCCGAGACCAAGCUUCUGCAGCAGCUCAGAACUCGAAUACUGGCGACGGGACCGAUCACCGUCGCCGAAUACAUGAAAGAAGUGUUGACCAAUCCCAUGUCCGGUUACUACAUGCAUAGGGAUGUUUUUGGCAGUUCGGGAGACUUCACGACGUCACCGGAAAUCUCACAAAUGUUCGGAGAGCUAGUGGCCGUGUGGUUCCUUAACGAAUGGGUCAAAGCGGGAAAGCCGAAGCCUCUUUACAUUGUGGAGUUGGGUCCCGGACGUGGAACUCUUUCCGACGACAUGUUGCGGGUGUUCUCCAAGUACAGCGAUGCCAUGGAAGUGGUGUCCUUGCACCUGGUCGAAAUCAGCCCGCACCUAAGCCAAGUGCAGGAGCUGAAGCUCUGCGGAACCGUCAGCGUCGUGAAGGACGUGUUUGAACACAACCCAGUCACUCUGCGUCUUCCAGUAAAGACAGACACCGAAGAGGCAACUUACAAACACAGCAUCACCAAGCACGGCGUUCCUGUUGGCUGGUACCGCCACUUACACGAUGUGCCGCGUGGGUUCUCGUGCUUCAUCGCCCACGAGUUCCUGGAUGCCCUUCCCGUGCACAAGUUCCAGCGCACCCCUGAAGGGUGGCGGGAGGUUUUCAUAGACCUGGACGACGGGCCGGGUCCACACCAUCUGCGCUACGUGCUUUCCCGGGGACCCACUCCAGCGAGCUUCUUUGCCAAUGUGACUGGUGAAAAGAGGGACCACGUCGAAGUCUGUCCUGAGGCUGGCGUCAUUGUCCAAGAGCUUGCACACCGCAUGGAUGAACAUGGAGGCUGUGGGCUUGUUGUUGACUACGGGCACGAUGGCGAUAAGACAGACACUUUCCGGGCAUUCAAGAACCAUGCCCUUCACCCCGUAUUGUCCGAGCCAGGCACAGCAGAUUUGACUGUAGACGUCGACUUUUCUUAUCUGAGACGGAUUCUCAAGGACAGAGCACUGACAUUUGGGCCCAUACCCCAGGGAGAAUUCCUCAGAAACAUGGGCAUCAGCAUACGCCUGGAGAAACUAUUGGCCAACUGUCCCCCCGAGGCACGUCAAGACUUGCUGACCGGCUACGAGAUGCUCACGCAUCCGGAGAAGAUGGGAGAGCGAUUCAAGUUCUUCGGCAUCUUUCCAAAGGACAUGCAGGACACCCUAAGCACCAAUCCUCCGGCCGGAUUCUUUGCUCCUUCGUAAGAGCUGCAGUGGACACCUUUAGGGGCUUUACUACUUUAGCGCCAUGGUACAUCUGCCCAUGCUGACCCCUCUCAGGAACUGCAUACUUCGUCUCCAAAUGUCGACAUCAGCCGCGGUUGGCGGGACGUCGCACUACAUUUUGCCAUUAUCGAAUCCUCGUGAAAUGGUCCUGCGAAUACCAUUAUUCCUUUGUUGAACAAAAUGAAUUGCAGUCCCCAUCUUGA